AGGACGUCACUCCCUUUUCAGUGUUCGAAGGAUAUACCAGAGACUGUAUACUCAAGCUAUUGUAGACAUGGUACAAAGACAUGAGUCAUGGAAAAAAUUCUUUGUGUGGGAAGCAGGAAAAACAAAUGGGGCCCAUUUUCCAGUUGUUCAAAUGCUCAAAAGUAUUGGACAAACAGACGUGACCUCUGCAACGGAAUGUGACUAUCUUCUAGUCUUCUGUCCUGUCGUUUCCCGAGUUGGAACAGACAUCGGCGAGGCCCUGCACAACAUAACUCCUGGCAAACCAGUAAUACUGGUGGUGAUGCAUCACACCUUUGAUCCUCACCAUGUUGUAGCUGAAAGCCGGAGGCAGGUGAACAACCCAAAUGUCCACCUAACUGUGGACUGUCUGUUUUUUGAAGGCCACCUCCUCAGUUGUAACCUCAAUGAUACCAUGUCGGGUGACAUCAAAAAAAUUUUUGGUUCUGAAUUCCCAGUUCCAGUCUUAAUUCACAACCUGAUCUCUUUGUGGCAACACAUCCCAAGUUUCUUUUUAGGUUUCUUCAUCUGGAAAAUAUUUGGACUUUGUUGCUCCAGUAUCUGGAAUAUAUUCGUGUGUUUAGGUAGCCCCAUCUGGAAAAAAAUCAGACCUUGCUUGAAUCCUCUGGUACAGAUUGCUGGAUUGAUUGUUCCUUUGCUGAUGGCAGUUGUGACAUCAUUCAGCUCCAAAAUAUGGAAGAGAAAUAAAAGUGGGAAAUGAGGACUGCAAAACAAAAUCCAAAAGCAAUAAUUUAACAAUAUCACAGUAUGUUUUCUUGAUACUGUAUAUAAAACAAAAUAUAUGUAAUAUAUCAUGCCUUUGUAAUCAUUAAAGAUGUGUUAGUUAUGUAUUAUAGUUAUGAAAGCUGGUAUAGAUG